AGGGAAGGCAAAGAGAGAGAAAGACUCAGACAGAAAACUCGACGUUUUGCCUGGAUCGCUGGGAUUGUGUGUGUGUGUGUGUCUGUGUGUGUGUCUGUGUGCCGGAAAUCUUUAAGCGGAGGCGCUGGACCUGUCUGUCCCCAUUUUCUGCCUGGGAGGAGGAAGGAUGGAAGAUCAGAACCGUCUGCUGCAGGCUCGGGGAGCCGGCGGCGGCGGCGGCGGGGUGGGAAUGCCCGGGCACCCGGUGCAAAGCGGCCUCCAGCCCCUCAGUGCCCACAUGCACGAAAACGCUACGGAUAACGGGGACGGCAGGAAGCAAGACAUCGGGGAUAUCCUUCAUCAGAUCAUGACCAUCACUGACCAAAGUCUGGACGAAGCUCAGGCCAAGAAACAUGCCUUGAAUUGUCACAGGAUGAAACCAGCUCUCUUCAGUGUUCUGUGUGAGAUUAAAGAAAAGACUGGCCUGAGUAUUCGUAGCAGUCAGGAGGAGGAGCCAGUGGACCCCCAGCUCAUGCGAUUGGACAACAUGCUGCUGGCGGAGGGGGUAGCUGGACCGGAGAAAGGCGGGGGAUCCGCGGCAGCCGCGGCAGCAGCAGCAGCUUCUGGCGGAGUGUCACCCGACAACUCGAUCGAGCACUCGGAUUACCGGGCAAAGCUGGCACAGAUUCGGCAGAUUUACCACACGGAGCUGGAGAAAUACGAACAGGCCUGCAGUGAAUUUACGACACACGUCAUGAACCUCCUGAGGGAGCAGAGCCGAACACGGCCGAUCUCGCCGAAGGAGAUCGAGAGAAUGGUUGGGAUCAUCCAUCGGAAGUUCAGCUCGAUCCAGAUGCAGCUAAAGCAAAGCACAUGCGAGGCAGUCAUGAUCCUUCGGUCCCGCUUCCUUGAUGCCAGGAGAAAAAGGCGUAACUUCAGCAAACAGGCCACAGAGAUUUUGAAUGAAUACUUUUACUCUCACCUCAGUAACCCUUACCCCAGUGAAGAGGCCAAAGAAGAGCUGGCAAAAAAAUGUGGCAUCACUGUAUCGCAGGUCAGUGUAUCCCAGGUGUCCAACUGGUUUGGAAACAAGCGAAUUCGGUAUAAGAAGAACAUUGGUAAGUUCCAGGAGGAGGCUAACAUUUACGCUGUUAAGACCGCCGUGAAUGCGACAGCAGCCUCUCAGAACAGCCAAGCAAACUCGCCCACCACUCCCACCUCAGCAGGUUCCUCUGGAUCGUUUAAUCUAUCCGGCUCUGGGGACAUGUUCAUGGGAAUGCAAGGGUUAAAUGGGGACUCGUACCCCGGGGCACAGGUCGAGUCACUUCGUCACUCUCUGAACCAGACUGGGGGCUACGGAGAAGGACUGGGUGUCAAUCAGAUCUACAGUCCACGGGAUGUGAGGGCUAACGGAGGCUGGCAAGAUGCGGCCACCCCGUCUUCUGUGACAUCGCCAACAGAAGGACCCGGAAGCGUACACUCGGAUACCUCCAACUGAUCCCCUAGCAACAGAACCAUUCCCUGAUCCAACGGGCUUUCUCCAGAGUUGACCAAUACGAAGAGAAGAAAAAGUAAUGAAGAGACGAGGAUGAUAAAAGAAAGGGGGGUGAUGUUGAUACUAACCAAUCACCUUAUGUUUUAUUGUAAAACCUUUGGCUUCAGUGUGGUGAUUAAAGGAAAGGCUGCUAUUUUGUACAAAAAAAACCCCCAAAAUGUCACAAGUGCUUUGACUUGCACUGUUUCCGUGGGAACGAGGCAUGUAGCCUGCACUGCCACAUGUCCUGGCCCGACAUCAGUCAUUUGCAAUACGCAGGCAGCCGAGUGCGCCCAGCAUAAGAGUUUCUCCUCGUGGAAGUAAGGAUGUUGUCUAUAGUGCGAGGGGUGGAGCUUCAACAGUCCAGUGAUGACUUACUGCCUUAGAAUUGGCCUGUGGUAAUGGCACAGGAGGGAGGUGGGGAUCCAGGAGGUCGAUAGAGAGAAUUGCUAGGUCACCCCAAGAGACAUGCUGUGCAAGCGUGCUGACUGUAUUCUUUCUCGUUCAUAACUUCAUAUUUUUAAUUUCGUGUUUAUAAACACUUUGUGGGGAGGUGGGCAGUAUUCUUAUCCCAAUGAGGAAAGACCUAUACCGCUAAAAGCUCAUCAAGGUCAGUGGUUCUGCUGUUAACUGAGUGGCUCCCAUAGUUGAAAAGCUAGGAUGAUGGUGCAGUUGACAGUAAGCAUCAAGUCAUGUUUGUUUGCUCUGAAUUUAAUAAGGGCAGGGAAAUCCCUAUCUGCCUCUCUAUCUAUCUUUCUUGUUUACCUCUUGCUCUCUCUUUCACUGUCCUUUUUGUUUCUCCCUGCUUUUUUUAGUCUGCUUUUCCCACUCAAAUUCUUUAUCUCUUUUUCCACUCUCUCUUUCUCCCUUUCCUCCUCUCCUCCUUUCUCACCUUCCUUCCCCAUUUUCUCCUUUCAGUCUUUCACUAUUUGUAUUCGAGCAACUUGCCCCAUAAAACUGGAUAUAGUUGUUGCUUUUACAAAGGUCAGGACUACUUUUCCUAGGCUAGACGAGAGUGUGUCUUCACAGAGUAAGAGCAUCUAUAGCAUAGUUUCAUUUGGGAGUGAUUCUUUCUUUAAGCUGAGAAUAUGCAGUUUAACAUUUUACUUUUCAAAAUUUUUUUUACAGGUUUAGAAACAAUACGAACCAGAAAACACCUUAAAGGGCAUGUUUGAAAGCAAGGAGAUUGUAAAAUUUGUUCACUUCUUAGGGGGUUUUUUCCUGGUUUAUGGGGCAAAUCCCUGUGACCUGUUAGCUCAGAACUUUGCUCUUUGACAGGAGGCUGGAACGAUGGGUUGAAAAUAUUUCAUCCUGUCUUUCUCCCCACCCCACCCCUCCACCCUCACUAAAAUGAGGAUGGAGAAUCCAGCCUCGGUUCCUCACAAGCACCAAAGUGCCCAACCUCAGGAUUAUUAGCUUCAUCGGUCUUACACGGAGAGACUCCAAGCGUCGCUCAUACUGGUAAUGGGGAGCAGCUGUUGUUAGAAAAUGAUGCUUUUAUUUCUUGACUACCCAUAAUAAUGGGAGAGGGCUCCAGCGUGGACAUGUAGGGCAGUGAAUUAAUACCCUGAGGCUGCCUCCAGGUGACUUUUGAGAGAGGAGGUGGAGCUUUUGGGAGUGAGAUGUGUGAUUGGCCAACCUCUUUUAGUCAGGUCCUACAAGGUGCGAGUGUAAGGCUGCCAACCAUCCAGGGUUCUCCUGCAGUCUCCAGGAAAUAAAGAUUAGACUGCUGCUUGUGGCAACUCUGGAGAAAAAUCAUAAGGGCAUUUAAUGCAAGGUGCUUUUUUAUUCUAUUUAGUUUAAGCAUUUGUGCUUUAGUUUUACAGACGUUAGAAAUGGGGAAGUGGCUGUUUUCCUACUAGUCAAGGAUCAUCCAAUCAGGUAACAUUGUUUGUUAGCUUUCUGAUUGGUGUGGGAAAGCGAUAAUAGAUGCAUCAGGUGACCAAUGGCAUGAGUGGGGGCGGAGUCAUGUGACAGUCCUUCCAUGAACUCGGGCCAACCAAAAUUUGGCAACUUUGAGAGCGCCCCUGUUGGCGUGAGAGGUUAUACCUUCAGCCAAGAUCAAGGUUGGGGAGGCAGUCCAUUGGCAUCCACCUGGUUAAGGUCUUGGAGCUGCGCUCACUGAGGUUUUAAGGGCAAUAAUGCUGGGCUUGCCCCACUGGUUGGAGGAGCGUGGAUGUCUUUUAGAGCAGUGUGCAUGGCUGGCAGAAUAUGAGUCUAGAAACCCAAGUCCUUGUUCUUCCCUCGAGAGCAGGCUGAGCGUUCAAAGACACAAGGCCAGACCAAUGGUGAUUUGUGACAUUACCCCUGUGCUUUAUAUUGUUCUCAAAUGACCCACACAUUGAUUUGCAAGCCCAGGCAAAGGUGAUAAAUAUCCUCUGGAUCAAAGGCUCUUAAAGGCAUUAAAUGUCAAUAGUUUCUGAUCUAUUCUUAAAAGCUUCAAAACUACAAAGGAAGGUGACUACGUUUUAUAUAUUUUAAAGAUAAAUCGGAGGGGGAUGAGUCUUUUUGUUCUGGUUACGUUUUAAGGUUUGAUCACACACUGAAGGCUGGGGUUUUACAGUGAGGUUUUUAACACUGCGUUUUAGUUGUGCCAACCUGUGGGGGCACAGUGUAUAUACUGUAGAAAGAAGUAUUUGUACAUGACUAGCCAAUCAAAAAAAAAAUAAAAAUAAAACAGCUUUAUUACCUCAUGCAAGCUCAUAUAAACCAAUAGAAUUACUACACGUUCUACCGAUUUAGACUGCUCACAUACUACCUCUGACAACAUUCACACUAGAAAAUCUUUUUGUUUGUUUGUUUUUUCCUUUAAAGUGUUAUUCGGGUCAGCACAAAAUUGCAGUGUAAUGAUUUUUAUCUGAAGACGCUCAGAAAAUAAUAACUCUGGCGAUUUCCACAUGUUCCAUGAUUAUGGACCUUAAUAGGUGAAUCCUUUUUUUUUAAGUGUAAAUCGAAGACCAAUUUUUAAUGAUUUUUGUGGCCAAUUUUCAAAUGUUGCUUUAAAGGGGCACUGUCGUCAUGGACUCUGGCCUUAAAGAGGGGUCAUUAACCGUUGGCUUGAGCUUUUUUUUUUGGACAAAAGUGUGCUUGAUCUCUUCUGCAUUUGUUUCAAAGAGAGAGAAACACUUCUCAUUAAACAUUGUGCUCCUAUCGUUCUCUCUUUCUUCCUUCAAAGAUGCAAUUCAGGCUACAUCCUUGAAACUUAUUCAUAAAAUAUUCUCAUAAGUGCAACGCCUUGGUCCUUCCCCAUUACGGAUGGCCCUUGUGUCUGGUUGUUGUGUACGUAGGUCGAGCUGUUCCCGAUGACAGUGGCCCCUUCAAUAAUAGUGGACUGGGUGGACAGAGGGACAUGAAAGGAAGGAAGGGGCACUGGGACAUUCUUUAGUUCCUGGGCAUGAGGGCCUUGCCCACAGCCUCGCCCAUUGCCAGUCUGAGUUUGUUUUUACAAUGGGGAAGGGAGAUUUCCAGCUUUGUGUCCACGCUGGUUAAAGGAUCCUGAUGGGUGAUGCUCUGGAAACUGGACUUUGAACAAAACAAAAAUGUGGUCUUGUGUCUCCGUAUCUAUUUUAGGAGGCGGAGCAUGCAGUUAGCCAAGAGUUGAAACCUCUGCCCCAAUUGUUCCCUGCUGGACUCUCUGGUUUGGUGGCCAGAUUUGGGUUGGAGAUUAAUUUUCUCCUCACUGGCUAUUGAGGUCCUUUUUUCAAAAGUCCGUUUGCUCUCAUCUGGUUCAAUGGAGGACACGUGGGCAACUAGCAGUUAAGGUUUGGGAAGAUGUCAAGAACAGAGAGAACAAAAGCAUUUGCCCAGCUCUUUGCGAGUGCCACAGUUGCACAGUUAGGAAAGACCUGUUGAUUGGACAGUCUUCCCUUCCUGGUUACCAAGUGAGCUACCACCUACAGGACCCUACAAAAGUAGGGGCCUACACUUGCACUCAAAGAUAUUGCUAAACAAUGAGUGCAAAAUUAUACCUUUUUUCAGGGGCUAUGGGAGUAAUUGGGUACCUCUUUCAUAGAGCCAGCACAGGCAUGAUGGGCUGAACGGCCACCUUCUGUGCUGUGUCAUUCUAUAUCAUUAUCAUGUGGGAGGAUCUAUCAAAUGGCCUAUAAGAUUGCAAUGUUUCAUAUUGUAAAUAAUAAGAAUCAGAAGGAGAUUAAUGAGGCAAAAAUUGGUGAUUGUGGGGGAUGGUUUUUCUUUGUGAGGGGGUCAGUUUGCCAGUACAGUUGGGAAGUUUUCGUGCAGAAUCGGUUCCUGGGAUAGCAUGACCAAGUUUUCCUAUGGUAACAGUCCAUUUUCCACCCAGAGGAGACUUGAACAGUGAAGCAACAAAAUGGCUUUGCCCUCUCCCCAGUGCCUCCACUUUUAAAAUGCUGUAGCAACUGCUAGCCCCCAGUCCUGGGUUUCUCAUAACCCUGUUUUGCAUUGGCCUUCAGUGAAGACAACUAUCUCUUCAGACCCAAUGUUGGUUUUGAGGGGAUUUAUUUGAGGCGACUAUUCCCUCUACACACCUGAUGACCUCCUGCUGGCAAUGCAGUGCCUGCAUGGAGCCUCCAUUACAUGAAGGCUGGGUUGUAAAUUUGUAAGGACAAUUCUUUUCAAAAUGAAAGGUUGCAAAUGAGGUAGCCCAUUAUUGUUCCAAUGGAAGCAGCCUGAAGGUCUUUCCAGAUGAUAUUUGGGCUGUAAAACCCAAACUACUUCUGUUCCCCUCCCUCACCCCCAUUCUUAAGCGUUGUACCUUUAUUCAAAGCAGAAGGACUGGCGGCGGGGUAAGAAACUAAAGUGAAUGGCAUAUUUGGCCUCGCUCUGCACCUUUGGAGUGCAUCAGAGCCUGCCCAGAAACCGAGUUGCAGCCUUUGACUGGCGCAGACAUUUCACCCUCUCCUAUGACCCCCAAAACAAAAAAAAAUACUUUUGUCACAAAGCCUUCGGAUUAUGGGCCCCAAAAUGAGGGCAAGGCUCCCUUGACCCAUUGCAAUGUGAACAGAGCUGAUUCUCCUCUGUGUACAUGAGACUGGUUAGCAGAAAGGCAGAAGGGUUCAAUUUGAAAGUUGCCUGAACCGUGGCCAUCGCUGUCUUGGUUUGAUUUGAAAAAUAACUCUUAAUAGUUUCUGACCUUAUUUUUAAAUCUUUCUUUUCCCCCUCCAAUUUUGAUGUAUUCCAUGUAUGCUUUAUGAUAUGAAUGUGCACAUUUUUUUUUAAAAGAGAAAAAAAAUGAUAGUAACAGAGAAUGGGUUGUGGUUCUAGCUUAAGUGAAUCUUAAAUUGCUAUUUCUAUUUCAAAUGGUCUUUAGUAGAGUGGCAGAGUGCCCUUUUUUUGGCAGAGUGUAGGCCAUUCGUGAGCAUGCUCUGGUCAGAAAGCAUGUGUGGCAUCCGUGUGUACCCCUGCCUAUCCUUCCCCAACCCACCCUCCCCAUCCCCCUCACUUAACGUUGGACUAUCGACACUUAAAAUGUCUGCCAGUCCGGAACCUUUGGGGUUAGGGGUGAGGAAAUGGAUGGGGGUGAGUGAAAUCUGGGCCUGCUUUGGAAGACCUGGCCUUUUGGUGAACCGCGUGGUGGCUCCUCUUAAGUUAUUUUCGCAAAGAAAUCUUGAAGGGAAACCUCCACAUGGCUUAAUUUUGACAAAGCUGUUUGCCAAAAGUGUACUCUUUGUUUAAAUUACACACACAUGCAAAAAAAAAAUCAAGUUUGAAAUGCACACUGCAAAGUGGGGGGAGUUGGUUGGGCUGCCAAAACCAGAACCUGUCUCUUUAAGCGUUAUGCUGCCAUUCUGUGCUGCUAAGUAACCAUAAUUGCUUUCAAUAAACUUUAUUGUUCCAUGCA